AUGCGUCACCCAUAUACUCCCAUCAGGCGUGGUGCCGAUGACGAAGAUUCCAGCGAAAAGUCCAGCUGGCCCAUGACGAGGAGAUUUCAUUACGACUUCCAUUCCAUGUUGAGAUUGCUGGGCAUUGGCUUCUUAAUUGCCGUCGUUGCAACAGUUGGCAUUUCGCUUCUCUCCUGGCACCCCUGGCAUUCAUCCGACCCAGCGCCAUCGAGCGCCCAUUGCGGCAACUCGUCGGCCGAGGCCGCAGCAAUGGGGUGUUCUUUCGAUAUCAUGUCGUUCACCUGGUCCCGCAAAGCUUGCUUCGACGAGGAGCUGAUGCACGAGUUUCUCGCCGCACGGAAUUGGACCUGGUGGCUCGCUUCUGACGGGAACCAAGAAGUCGCCAUGGAGACGGUCGCGCUCGGGAUACACCCACGCCUGUUCGUGUCGUGGGAGUACCAUCUGUUCCACUGUACGUACAUGUGGAAGAAGAUGCACAGGGCCCUGUUGAGGGGGACUCCCCUGGAUUCCUACCUCCUGGAUCAAAACCACACGGCGCAUUGCAGUCAUAUGCUGCUUGACCGCAACCCGCUGCUAGAACAACGGAAUACGAUAAUAGUGACGAAAUAUCCAAGUUGCAGUGAAGGUUGA